AUGCCCGUGAAGAUCCCAGCUCCCGAGUCUCACCCACUGCUGAACAUGCCUUGCAUCUACAGGUCCGUGGUAGAGAGGCUCUUCAUGGUGGAGCAGAUCCUGUCCGAGUUUCGCCUGGAGAAAGAGGAUCUGAAGGAGGUGAUGGGGAGGAUGCAGAGGGAGAUGGACCGGGGGCUGCGUGUCGACACGCACGAGGAGGCCAGCGUGAAAAUGCUCCCCACCUACGUCUGCUCCACCCCCGAAGGAUCAGAGGUGGGGGAUUUCCUGGCUCUGGAUCUGGGAGGCACCAACUUCCGGGUGAUGCUGGUCAAGGUGGGUGAGGACGAGGAGCGGGGGUGGAAGGUGGAGACCAAGCACCAGAUGUACUCCAUCCCAGAAGAUGCCAUGACGGGCACUGCCGAAAUGCUGUUUGACUACAUUGCAGAGUGUAUCUCAGACUUCCUGGACAAACAUCACAUCAAACACAAGAAGCUGCCUCUGGGCUUCACCUUCUCCUUCCCCGUCCGACACGAGGACAUCGACAAGGGAAUCCUGCUGAACUGGACCAAGGGUUUCAAGGCUUCGGGGGCCGAGGGCAACAAUGUGGUCGGGCUGCUUCGAGACGCUAUCAAAAGGAGAGGGGACUUUGAGAUGGAUGUGGUCGCCAUGGUGAAUGACACCGUCGCCACCAUGAUCUCCUGCUACUACGAGGACCGCAGCUGUGAAGUGGGGAUGAUCGUCGGUACGGGCUGUAACGCCUGCUACAUGGAGGAGAUGGGCACGGUGGAGCUGGUGGAGGGGGAGGAGGGCCGCAUGUGUGUGAACACAGAGUGGGGGGCCUUCGGGGCCAACGGGGAGCUGGAGGAGUUCAGGCUGGAGUACGACAGGGUGGUGGACGAGACCUCCCUCUACCCUGGACAGCAGCUCUAUGAGAAGCUGAUCAGCGGGAAGUACAUGGGCGAGCUGGUGCGUCUGGUGCUGCUGAAGCUGGUCAACGAGGAGCUGCUGUUCGACGGCGAGGCGUCCGAACAGCUGAAGACCCGCUUCAGCUUCGAGACGCGCUACGUGUCCCAGGUCGAGAGUGACUCGGGCGACAGGAAACAGAUCUACAACAUCCUGUCCACGCUGGGGCUGCUGCCGUCGGAGCUGGACUGCGACAUCGUGCGCCUGGCGUGCGAGAGCGUGUCGACGCGCUCCGCCCACAUGUGCGGGGCGGGGCUCGCCGCCGUCAUCAACCGCAUGCGGGAGCACCGCAGCCAGGAGGAGAUGAAGAUCACCGUGGGAGUGGACGGGUCCGUCUACAAGCUCCAUCCGUGUUUCCAGGCGAGGUUCCACAAGAUUGUCAGGGAGCUCACGCCUCACUCUGACAUCACCUUCAUCCAAUCAGAGGAGGGCAGCGGACGUGGGGCGGCCCUUAUCUCGGCGGUGGCCUGUAAGAUGGCAGCGUGCAUGCUGACACAGUGAUGAGGGCAAGGGAACUGCUACCUCCUCCCUGUAGGGGGCGAUGCAGGUAAACUUUUUGGGCUUUGGGGGCUGGUCAUGCAGGGUGGUCUAGUCUCUCUCUGGCCCCGAGUCAGCCAGACGCUAUUCUGCUGAGGUGAUCUCCUGGAGAUAUGUGGAUGUAUAGAAGACCCACAUCUACCAUGGUUUAGAAAGAGACUGAUGGCACUGUUGGAACUCCACAGUGUUUCUGAAAUGAGAUUGCACUAGUGGUUCACCCAUGAAACAAUGGUGGAAAAUGUGUUCAAUUGUCAUAGUGUUGCUAUAGCGUGUGGGGGAGUGGAUGAGCCAGUUAGCAAUGGAGGAUCAUUCGUUCAUAUUGCUGUAAUGUACUGUAAAAACUAUGUCCAUAACAUAUGUCCUAAAACAUGAGAAAUAUCAUGUAGUCUGCUGUUUGUUUAAUUCCCAAAUUGUUACUUUUGAGAUACUCAAAUGUAUCUGUCUUAUAGUUUACUCGUGGACCAUAGUCUUGUCACUUCCUGUUCUUUUAAUUGAAUUUGAAUGUCUUUGAUAUUGUAUAUAUUGAAGAUAUGUUUACGUAUUAUCUCGUAGUUCUUAAUUGCUGUGUAUCAGUUAUAAUGGAGAGUGAUAACGCAAUAAGAUGUAAAGACGUCGUCAAAUGUAAACGUGAUCAUGCUUAAUCGUUGUAAAUAAAGUUUCCUGUAACCUAA